GCAUUGGCCUUCCGUCUCCCGCGACGGCAGGUCGUGACCGCGUCCACGAUGCAAUUUUCCGAUAUCUCCAACUCUCUUCUUUCCUAGUACUAGUUAACGAUACGUAUCAUGUAUUUUCUAUAGGAAAUUUGGUGCUCAAUAAUAGGGAAUAAAGAAAUAUUUUUUAUAUUUGAACUUUGUUAUGAGUUGGUAGAUUAGGGUUGUAAUUUUGCUGAGAAAAGUGGGACCCAAGGCACCAUGAAUUUCUUAGGCGCAGUUGGUGGUGAUGGAGACGACAGCGAUGAUAAGGAAAAGGAAGAGGAAGCAGAACGCGAGCGGCAAGAGGCCAUCCGCGAGGCGGAGGAAAGACGCAAGGAGAAGCACCGCAAGAUGGAGGAAGAGAGGGAGAAAAUGAGACAGGAGAUCAGGGAUAAGUAUAAAAUUCCCAAGAAGGAGGAGAUGGUGGAACAGCAGCAAGCGGAACCGGACAACCCCCUGAUGAGGAAGAAGAAGACCCCGGAGGAGCUGGCUGCUGAGGCGGAGCUGGAGGACCAGGACGAGUUCACGAAAUUGAAAAACACCAUCGAAACGCAAGUGAACGAGCUGAAAUCGCAAAUCGAAAGCAAAUGCGUGAUGCAGUGAGCGCGCUUGGCUCCACACCACUUAGAUACAUCCCCACAUACAAUAACCCCCCAGACCCACUCAUACGCUCAAACAUUUUUGUAGGAGAGAUUCGAAUUCUAAAUUUUUUCGGAAACUAGUUGGCUAGUGGCGCGUUGGUGCUUGAUAAUGAGCAAUAAUAUUUUUAUACAUUCAUAAAAUAAUGGAGAGCCUCGACAAAACCGACAAGAACGUGCGUCAGGUCAAAAAGUCAUCGCUGCCGGCGAUCAGACAUUAGGAUAACCUGUUUUAUAUGUUAACGCUUGUGAUAUAUUGUUAUUUAAGUGUAAAGAAGAAAAUUUUUAAUACAAACGAUAUUCAUAGCGCGAAUAAUUUAAGAAGUCUUGCACGCGUGUAGUUCGACUGCAUCUUUUCCUUCCUCUUCGAGACUGCGGACUUACAUUAAAAUAACAAUGUAUUCGAUGGUAAUAUUUGUUUUCAUCCAAAUUCCCCUCGGCUUGGUGCGAUGGUGCCGCUUGCUCUCUCGUAUCUGUCAGCUCUUCGACUUCGCCUCUAAAUCUUUUGCAUGCUCGCUUACGCAAUGUGUUUGGGUAUCGUGUCGACGUAUUCUUUUAGGUUAACGUACCUUAAUCGACCUAGCCUUAAUGUCCACAUCGAAAUUAAAAUAGGUAACAAAGUUGUUGUUGGCGAUCGGUCGCGUCGCGGUCGAUUCCGUUGUCAUUCGGUUCUUGCAUGUCUAAUAUAAGGUGAAUAUUCGUUUAGCGUGUAAUUGUAGAUAUCAACCUGUGGUUGUUCCGUUCAGCAGUUAACGUAGUGGACUAACCUAACGUUUAUCGAUGUUUUAUGCUUAGAGUAAAGUUAAUGUUGUGCGAGCAAAGUAUUCGAGCGAUUUGUGUUGGAAGAGAUGCGGAUGCGCCGGUUAUAGGCACCGUAAUGUUGCGGUAUCUAGUGCGAACCUGGUUAUAUCGCGGCGAGGAUUGCCAAAAUGUUAUGGAAAGGAAUUGUUCGAACAUUUGACUCCACUUAAGCUGCAAAUGCAAAAGAUUUGUUAUCGUCAAAAGCUGUGAUAUAAGAAUAAAACAAUCUAUCGCUGUGCGCCUGACGCGGCCCGUCCGCUCGCGCCCUAACAUUCUCUCGCGUUAGCUUCGAACUUCCCUUUUGAUCUAUCACUAUUAGAACUUUAAACAUCAUCAACAUCAUCUGAUCUGUCACGUUCUUCUUCGAAUACCUAAUUAACAUCGUUUAUCUCAAAGCUAUCUGCCCCUUUCCACUGUUUACGAUCGUUAUUAUCACUGCAUAGUUUUGUUGAACUUUCCCGUCAAUUAAAUCAACCAUUGCAAAAUCUUAUCCUACAAAUUCUAUUCAAUAUACACCCCAAAUGUAAAUAUGAAUCGAUAAUUUCUGAUUAUGUAUAAAAUGCUAUAUUUUCAGAUAAAUUCCAUAUAUUUCUCGCAUAUUAUUGCACAUCUAUAUAUUUUCAUAGCUUUCUUCAAUAAUCCUCGCUAAGCAUUUCUAGUUAAUCAUCGACUCACAUCUUCUAUCAUUGCGGUUGGUCUUCAUCGACCAAUCUCUUCGUUAUUUACAACUUCACAAUCUAUUAAUUAAGGUAUUAACGUUAAAACUUCACAGUGUACGUGUGUUAGGCUAGGUUUAACGUAUAUUAUAUAGUUCUAUGUAUGCGCAUGACAGUUCUAGCUAAACGGUUGUUCGUAGAUAUUUGGGAUAUACAAUAAUAGUAAUGAGGUUCAAAUCACACCUGUUAAAAUUUGUAAUCAUUUUGGCGUGACCAAUUUUACAAUAAAAUUUUGAAAACCCUGGGCUGGAGCGGUAUACUUCAACUGUAAAAUCGAAUCCUGUAUCAACUAUUCUGGAAAAGAUUCAAAAACCGAACGGUUGUAAUAAAAUGUAUUAUCAACAUUCCAAACGUAUUUUAUAUUGAAAUACAAUCCAUGCCAUUCCCAGCCUCAACAAUGAGCUCCGCCCUCAAAAUAUUCACCCAAUCCCGUUUCUACCUUUUCGCUAUCCCUUCUUCCCUUCCUCUGUCUUUCUAUCUCUGUAGGUCUAACUAUAAUCUUCGUUGUUGGCUCUCACUACGUAGAAAUAGUUGUUUAGAAAAUUAUUUUGAUACGUAGCGAGAUUUAGAUGUAACUUAGUGUAUAAAUAAAUUCGCUAACUGUCACUAAUUUCAAAAACAUCGCCUCUUCGGUCCUAAUGAUUGCAUGAUACUGUGUAAGCUCUUAAAGUGUGUUGCGUGUCGUUUUCUCUUCAUUUGUCUUUCCCGUCACAGGCUCUGGGCCUCCAGAACCAUACGUAGAUGCUUCUCGAGCCACUGUUUGUAUGUAAGCUUUAGGUGUUUGUAUAGUAUUACGAUUAACAUAAGGUUUAAAAUUGCUUCGAUGCGCAAUACGCGAAGGAAUUUGGGUGAUAUCAAAUGGUUGUCACAUGUUUAAUUUAAUAGAAUUACGAGUGUACUUACCGAACAUAAGUAUGUAUAUAUUUGCCACUAUCAUGAACUCACACCCAAAAGUCUUUCAAUUUACUAGAGAGGUUAUGAAAAUUUCAUUUCUUAUUAUAUAAAAUGAGGUUUAUACAAGGUAGACGAGUAGCGUAGAAAUAAUUGUAAAUUAUUUGAUAAAACCAUUGUAAAUCUUAUUUGAUACACCUGUAGAAUAACUUUUAAGAUCCUAAGCGACUCGACCAAUUUCUGGAUUCUCCUUGAACAAAAUCAGUUGAGCGAUCGAUCUUAUGACUUGUGUACUCAGGGUAAAUUAUAUAAUGUGUUUAUUGUUGUCUUGUAUACUUGUAUCAGUUUAGAUUCUUUAUAGAAAGUAUGACUUUUUGGCCUGCGAUGGCAAUUCUAUUCUUCUCUUUCUGUAUUCAAUUUAUCUAUCUCUUCUAUCAAAUUGCACUUCUUUAUUGUAUUGGUAGUUUUUUGACUCUCACAGCUUCAAGCCAACCCUACAACUCUCUAACAGACAAUCUUGUGUGGAGCAAUGUGGCUGCCAUAGAUUGAUUAGUGCGAUAUCUUUUCCAGUGAUAAAAUUGACUGACACUCUCAACAUGAUUGACGAAAUUUACAAAAUUUUUAAAAUUUUGUUAAUCUGAAAUGAGACUUUAAAAAUUUAAACAUCAAAACAUACCACUGUCCUAUUAUGACUAUUUCAUUCUUUUCUGCCACAUAUUCUUACUUCCUUAACGACAUGCGCGUGUGGACUUCACAACGGGUCUAAUAUUGUUACGAGUUCUAGUAAAACCAAUUGGACGCAUUGAGAUACUGUGAGAACGAUUUUUUCAUCUACAAUAAUGCUGUUACUUCUAAAUUUAUGGGAAUAAACUACAGGUGUUUGUUCUCACCCAUAAACUAGCAGAUAUAAGUUAACAUGUCCAGUGAUUGUGAAAUGCAAUUUUGCGAAACACUUAGUAAAUAGACGGUCUAGAGACAACGACACUUCGUACCACACUAACACAAGAGCUUCAUACACACAGUAUUAAUUUAUUGUUAGAUAUAUUUAUAUAUAAUGUAGAUGUUUCCAGUAGAAUAGACAUUACUUGAAGCGACGAACUAACGUUCGAGUGUCACAGACUGUGAAUUGUUGCACUUUGGAUAAUAUUUAAAAAAUCGUGUCUUUAUUGUGCGUAUGUUUUUAUUUACGUUAUUUUCAAUUGACUUUUCAUAGAUAUUUUGAUAUGUUACAGGGAGAUAUGUAGAGGAAACGAGCCGUCGCAACCGACUGCCCUUUAAAUUUUACUCUACCGAUUGUUACAACUUGUGCCGACUUCUUUCCUCUGCGUACUUCAUCUUUGUUCAGAUAGGAUAGUCAUUUGGCCAAUUUAAGAUCACUUAGUGCGUUAGCUUUUAAUAUUAGUGACAUCUAGUGUUAAAAUUGCAAGUUUACUGAAAUUAAAACUAAAUAUUUAAAAAGUUGUGUAUAACAAAAAUGUAAUUGAAAUUAAAUCGUAAUCCAUUAAACCGAUAUGAACGUGGUUCAUACGCAUGUUGUAUUGUUAUUAAAGAGAAGUUAGUAGUUUAUCCACGAUUACAUUAAACUUAGAAUAAUGGAGGAAAACGAAAAAAGGUUAUUGUUGAAAAUGUUUUUAGGUAAAUAAAUCGGAUUGAGCUUUUGUGAAAACCUUGUUGUUAUUGAUAAGUUAUGAUUCGUUCCCGAGCGGGGCUGCUCGCAGGCUGCCGUGCUGAAUCGGUCCUUACCUCUUAAAUAAUUAGUUUCAAUUUAAACUGUCUUUACUAUCACUUGUGUAGUUUCAUAUAGAAUAGGCUUCUUCGCUACUUAUUGAUUUGUAUCUAACUGUUGCAAUGCAUUGUUAAAUUUAUUUACUCCUAAUUAGUUAUGUAUAAAAGUUUAGAGGUAGCCAUUUUCAUAUUAACUUUACUGUGAGUGUGAAAGUGGUGUGUCUACCAUGUUGUUAAAUAAUAAAUAAACUACAUUGUACCACC